CACUCAUUGAAAUGAUGCCUUCACAUGCUUCACUGUGUCUUCACCAUCUGACUUCAGCAGGGCCUCCAUCGGCGGCUGACGAGAAGCUUCCUGGACUCUGUCUGGGACUUUCCAUCCGGACUCAAUUGCGUAACGGUCCUGCUCUCAUUAAACAGAAGAGGGACGUCCAUUAUCCUUACCAAAGGAGGAUAAACAUUUUCUUAUUGGGUUCUUACUAUUCAAUCAUGGAAGCUUAGACGCCUACAAAAGGGAUGUCCGAGAUGGGGGGAGGGGUUUGAGAGCACACAUCCCUUGGUCUGUCUGUCUGUGUGCGUGUGUGUGUGCUUGAGACAUUUAUUUAACUUAUAAUGUUCGUACACGUAAUCACGUACCGUAUGUUUCAGUUUGACCUAUUAAAAAAGGUAUUACACAUGUCUUUGCUCAAUAUACAAGAUAAUAAAGUGUUUACUGAUCCUGGGUGAUCUGACCACAGUGUAAUGUUACCAUUAUUGAUUUGAGGGUGCAUUUUAAUUACGCUGUUUAAAAUAGUCCAUCCUUUUGCGCGGCACAUGUUCUGUCGGACACACAUCCACUGAGACUGUAACUGAGAGAGAAAGAUUGACGUUUCAGCAGCAGAUUGUUGUGGGGUAGCACCCUCUACUACGUACAGGUAAAAUGGAUCCAGGUGUAAAGUAUCAGCUGUGUGCAGGGAAAAAGAUGUUUGAGGAAAAUAAAUGACCAGUGUGUCCUUGGGAACCACCUGCAGUUUGUAUUCGGUGCUGAUGGUGGUGGUUCCUGGUAGUUUUGUUUCUUCUGCACUCUUUUAAGUUUCACAUUUGCCCAAUCCUCGCUUCCUUUUUCACAUUUUUUGUCUUUUGAUUUGAUCCUCGCCCCCUCUGUCUAUUUUACUGCUGCCUGUCUCAGUGUGAGUGAGUGUGUCUGUGUGAGAGAGCAAGACCUUGGGUUUUCUCAAACCCCUCUCCCUUUGAAGGACAUCUCUUUUGCCUUCAUAUCGCUCUACAUAAAAACAAAUAUGGAAACUCUUAUUCAACUCAAAAACAACCAGUUUUUGAUGGGGUUGUGUCGCAACGGCCCUCCUCCCGACCUGCAAUAUGAUAACUCCUCAGAGCUCUACCGCAUCUCUACCUUUGCUCGAUUCCCAACUUCGGGAGUCACAGAGCGAAGUCUGGCGAGGGCAGGCUGGUUCUACACCGGCGUGGGCGACCGCGUGCAGUGUUUCAGGUGUAACGUGACGGCAGAGGGAUGGCAAGCCGGGGACUGUCCAACAGAGAAACACAGACAGCUUUCUCCUUCCUGCUCCUUCAUCCAGAGCCUCCCAUCUACAGCCAACCUACUCUCCUCCUCUCACUCCGCCUUCUCCCCACUCCGCAUUGCCCCGGCCAUACCACUUUCUGGUCCAGCUGCUCCUAACCCGACAGCAAGCCAAGGUGAAGAGCCGGUUGGAUACCUAAACAUGGGCUUCUCUGCUCCACCACCCUCUAGCCCUCUUACUUCUCGUGGUGUAGAGGAUAUGUCCCACCAGAGACCGACGUGCCACAACCCCAGCAUGCGCAGAGAGCAGGACCGCCUGGACUCCUUCCACCCCUGGACGCUCUCCAUCAUAACUCCUGCUGAGCUCGCCAAGGCGGGCUUCUACUACCUGGGCCAGGGCGACAGAGUGGCAUGCUUUAGCUGUGGAGGACAGUUGAGUAACUGGGAGCCAGGCGACCGAGCCGUGUCCGAACACCAGAGGCAUUAUCCAAACUGUCGUUUUGUGCGAGGGGACAGAGCUGACAACGUUUCGCUGGCUGGAGCUGCGUCUGGGGGAGUCACUUCUCAACUGCCUGCAGGAGCUCCAGCUCUCAGUAACGUUUCCAACCCUGCCAUGCAGCAGAGCGAAGAGAGGCUGCUCACCUUUGUCAACUGGCCGUCCCGUAUCCCCGUCCGGCCUGACCAGCUGGCUAAAGCUGGCUUCUACUACGUAGGUCGUAAUGAUGAUGUCAAGUGUUUCUGCUGCGAUGGAGGCCUGCGGUGUUGGGAGUCCGGAGACGAUCCUUGGGUAGAACACGCUAAAUGGUUUCCUCGGUGUGAGUAUCUGCUUCAGGAGAAAGGACAAGAGUUUGUUCACCAGAUCCAGGCUCGCUUCCCUCGGCUGUUUGAGCAGUGGUUCACCUCGGUCCAGGAGAGGAGCGGUCUGAGGACGCUGUCAUGAUGAACACCCCUGUGAUUAAGUCUGCGUUAGAGAUGGGCUUCGAGCGUAGUCUAGUCAAGCAAACAGUGCAGAGCAAGAUCCUGACCAGUGGAGAGAACUACAGAACAGUUCAGGAGCUGGUUUCAGACCUGCUGAGUGCAGAGGACCAGAAAAGGGAAGAAGAACGAGAGAUGCUGGCGGAGGCGAUGGCAUCAGAUGGUUUCACCUUCGUGAAGAGACACCAGGCAGCACUGAUCCAGCGUCUGAAGAGCGUCGAGCCAGUGUUGGAGCAUUUAAGAGAGCAAAAUGUGUUGUCUACCGAGGAGUACAGCGGCCUCAAGGCUCAGACAUCUGCCCAACAGCAAACUGCCAGGCUGAUAGAGCUCGUACUCACCAAGGGAAACGCCACGGCCGAGGUCUUCCGCAACUGGAUCCAGAAAAACGAUGUCCACCUGCUCAGAGACCUCAUGGCCCAAUCAAAUGAAGCAGCAUCGCCAAGCCAAGAUCUCUCAGACCUCCCCAUGGAGGAGCAGCUGCGGCGCCUGCAGGAAGAGCGUACCUGCAAGGUGUGUAUGGAUAAAGAAGUGAACAUCGUCUUCAUCCCAUGUGGACACCUGGUGGUGUGCAAAGAGUGUGCGCCGUCACUGCGAAAGUGCCCAAUCUGCAGAGGCCUGGUUAAAGGCACAGUCCGAACCUUCCUCUCAUAACCUGCAGGCUGUGAGCCGCUCAGUUUCAGAACAAUGUGAUUGAAUGUAAGCAAUAGAAAUCUUUAUUUAUUGGAGAGAGCAGGAAGGGUGCUGUGCUUUCCCCCCCGUUGCCUAAUAUGUGACUUACCUGUUCAUGUUAAUCCUAAGAGACAUUUAUGAUGUCACCAAGUUUCUACAUCAUUUAUCUAAAUAACCAGAUAACACUUACAGACCUACAUUUAUUUGAUAAGAGAUGUAAAAUACAGUAAAUUGUGAUGUUCAGUACAAUAUGAGAUUGGUUUUUACACACGUCAGCUGGCUUUCAUCAUUAGGGCUGAGUGAUAUGUUUGAGAUUAGUAUUGUGCUAUUGUUGGCCAUAUUCACAUCAUGUUAUCAGUAAAUAUCACAACAAUGUAUUAAAAAAAUAAAUCAAUUGGUGUUCAAUGCAGUGAACUGUUCAUUACAAUAAACUUAACGCGUGAAACAAAAACUUCAAUAAAUUGUUUCUAAAAUAA